AUGUCAGAAAAUGUCUCCAAGAUUCUGACUCGCAUCACCACUACCUACGACGGGUCUGCCGCUGAUCCUUAUGACCAUGAGAUCGCCCUCAUCGACACCACCCAGCCCGGGAACGAGGUCCGGCUCCAUGGUGAGCUUCGUGCGAGCUCCCCCAGCUCGAGCACGAGGCAGCUGGCUAAAAAGGGAACAAGAGAAUCCUUGAAGGAGCAUCUUGGCCGGCGGAAAUAUGCCAAAUACCAGCAGGACCGAUACCAACCCAAGACGAGCAUUAUUGCCUCCGUCGAGGAUGCCUCGUCGCAGUCAGCAUCAGCCCAGCAGACGCAACAAGCUGGGACAGAUGCUGGAACACAAGAGGUGGACUUUGCACACACCGCAUCUGCGGCAAGAGGACGAAAGGGUGCGGAGAAGAGGAGGAAUAGCAGAAAGCUCAAGCACGAAACCCACGCAAUUGACAUACUCUAUGAAAACCAGCGGGGAUGGUUCUUCUGUGGCAUUCCUCUCUAUUCUCACUCUUCCCUGUUGCCGCCCGAUCCCAGUCCCUGGUCGAACAAGGAUAUGAAGGAUUCGCCCGUCAAUAUUACCAAUGCUCAAGUGCCUGAUCCGACAUGGGAAUGGGCAUGGAAUAGCUGGUAUGUCGACAUGAGCCACGAUGUGGACGAGCAGGGCUGGCAGUAUUCUUUUGCUUUUGGACGCAACUGGACCUGGCACGGGACGCAUCCCUGGUUCCACUCGUUUGUCAGACGGAGACGGUGGCUACGGAAAAGAGUCAAACAUGAGGUGCAAGAGAGCUAUGGCAGGCCCGGGAGCAUGGGCGAUGCUCACCAUCUAACCGGCGAUUAUUUCACUAUCCACUCAAAGCGAGAUCGUAGUCCGAUCAGUGCGGUUGAUGGCGCCGGUAAGACCCCCAGACCAUCAAGCUUUAUCAGCUUGCCGAGCACGAUUGAUCAGAACGAACCGCCGGAGGAUAUCAAAGACAUUGCAACCCUGCUCGUGGCUCUCAAAUUUGCGCCCAUUGAUCGAGAGAAGAUUGACGUAAUCAAGAGGUUCAUCCAGCAAGGUGGAGAAGAGCUGGUUUACCUCAAAGACCAUAUCCCCGAUAUUAUGUCGUUUCUCGUUUUCCAAAAUUCCAGGAGACAGCUCCUUUCAUAUCUUAAAAAGACGGCAAACGAAGCACGCGAACAUCGGCGGGCCCACGAGGAAGAAAACAAGCCGGAGGGUGACGCUGAAAGUCGAAGAAUCAACAAUCUACUCGCUGCAAUCGAGGCUGCCGAUGCCGAAAUCGGAGCACUCGAAUACUGGAGCGACAGGAAGCAUAUACUGGAGACCGACGACGCGCAAAGUCUGGCUACUCGCCCGAUUGCCACCAUCUUCGAUCAGCCAGCUCCGGAGCCAAAGACGGACGACAACCCUGUAGAGGAAAUCAAGGGAAUCUCCAAGAAUGCCGGUAUUGGAGUGGGAAACACGCAAUCGGUGUUCGACCCUGAAUGGCGAACAUCAAUCGAGGACAGGGACAAGCAAAACAAGGUGGAGGAGAGGGAGAAAGAGAAGGAAGGGAAGGGCAAAGGUCGUGCAUAUGACAGCGAGGACGAUCAGGUAGAGCAAGACUCGAUGCCACAAUUGGGAGCGGAUCAGGUCUAUGUUCCUGACCAAGACUAG